AUGGUCAACUGUGGUUCGGAUGCCCAAAGAGGAAACGCCCUGAAACGUCAUCAUACUACCCCGAGUAGGGGUAAGCAAGUGCCGCAUGUACGAAGUACGAAGGUCAACCUGGAUACUCUUUGGUGGAAGCGCAACAACCGCCAUCGCCAUCGCCUUCGCCCGCGCCCAAUCAGUCUACCGGUAGCGGCAGCGGUACCAGUACCAGUACCAGCACUGAUAUCCAGAAAGCUAUGGGCAGAGCCAAGGAGAGAGACAUGGGACGAAAUCUGUUUGGUAGCAAUCGUGCCAUCUCGCCCAAUGUAUUUCGUACGACGUUUGACGAUGCCCAUCCCGAUACUCAUUCAGAUGCUAAUGAUAUUUGA